CUGAGUGAUGUUACAGAGGCAGAUCCUGCUCUUCCUGCGUCCCGUCAGCAGAUGCUCCUCACUUCCUGUGACGUCCCGCCCCUGCAGCUCCAAACCAUCCGAUCAUGAUCCUCCUGUGGAGAACGAGUCUCUCCUGGAGAACCUGUCCAUCAUGGGCGUGGACCUUCCCUCGGCCCGCAGACGGCAGCCGGGCGUCCUGAGGAAACUCCUGACCAACGAGCAAGGCCUCGCCCACUUCCUAAAGAGCAAAGGCGCCGACCAGGAAACCGUCGCCAGCAUCAUCUCGCGCUUCCCGCGCUCCAUCACCCGCUCCUGCGAGCACCUGGAGGAGCGCUGGAGGCUCUGGAGGAACGUCUUCAAGAGCGACCGCGAGGUGGUGGGGAUCCUGUCGCGAUCGCCCGAGUCUUUUUUCCGCUCGAGUGACAACAAGAACCUGGAGAAGAACAUCAGCUUCUUGAUGACGCUGGGAAUCACGACUAAAGAUCUACACCGGUUGCUGACCACCGCGCCGCGGACCUUCUCCAACAGCGUGGAGCUCAACAGGAACAUGGUGGAGUUCCUAAAGAGCGUUUGCUUGAGUUUCGACGGGAAAGAUCCGGAGCGUUUCGCUCGAACCGUCAUCUCCAGAAACCUCUACGUCUUUAUCCGCAGCACCAACCGGAUCAGAGCUAAUGUGGAAUUUCUCUCCAGAUCGCUGAGGUUGAGUAACGCCGAAGCGCUGGUUUUAUUCCAGACUCACGGUGCGCAGAUCCUCGAUCUCUCACACGAAAGCCUGAAGAAGAAUUUCGAGAGCCUGCGGAUGAAGCUUCAAUCCCUGGGAUGCGACGAUGCAGACUUCAAGAGGAUGAUCUUGAAUUAUUCGCUGGUGCUGUUCGUCUCGUCCGAGCGACUCAACGAGAAGUUGGACUGUCUGAUGGACGGCGGGAUCCACGUGAAGCAGGUCAUUCAGAAACCCAAAGUCUUGGAUUUCAGCAUCGACAGCAUCAGGCAGCGACUGCACGACCUCAACAGACUGGGAUACGACUUCCAGAAGAACGGCAUCGCUGUGUUAGACACGAGCAAGAAACGCUUCCUCGCCAAGUUAGAGAGACUGAGCUCAGCGGAGAAUGAAGACACACGUUCAGUCUGAUCUUCAGAUUUAACACUUUGUGCAAACAGUCACUUUCACCUUAAAAUCAGUGCUUACUCGACCAGUCAAUGUUUUUGAACAGUGAGAUGUUUUUCAGCUCAACAAGCCUGCAUUUAUUUGAUCAAAAAUACAGCAAAAAUAGUAAAAUUCUGAUAUAUUUUUACUAUUUAAAAUAACUGCUUUCUAUUUGAAUAUGUUUUAAAAUGUAAUUUAUUUCUGUGAUAAAACCUGAAUUUUCAGCAUCAUUACUCCAGUCUUCAACAUCACAUGAUCCUUCAGAAAUCAUUCUAAUAUGCUGAUUUGCUGAUCAAAAAAUAUAUUAUGAUGUUCAAAAGUGGAAUUGUUUUAAAUUUCUUUGAAUAUAAAGUUCGGAAGAACAGCAUUCAUCUGAAAUAGAAAUCUUUUGUGACAUUAUAAAUGUCUUGUGAUCAAUUUAAAGCAUCCUUGCUAAAUGAAAGUAAUUUCUUUCCCUGAAAAAUGUAUACUGACUCCAAGCUUUUGAAUUGUAUAGUGUAUAUAAAAAAUGCUGAUCUUUGGAUGUUUCUAUGCAUCACAGAAUCCUAAAAAUACUCAGGUGUUUUAAAUAUUGAUAAUAAUAAAAAUAAAAUGUUUCUUGAGCAGCAAUUUAGAAUAUCAGAAUGAUGUCUGAAGAAUCAUGUGACACUGAAGACUGGAGUAACGAUGCUGAAAAUUCAGCUUUGAUCGCAGAAAUAAAUUACGGUUUAAAAUCUAUUAAAAUAGAAAGCAGUUAUUUUAAAUAGUAAAAAUAUUUCACAAUAUUACUGCUUUUGCAGUAUUUUGGCUCAAAUAAAUGCAGGUUUGGUGAGGAGAAGAGACUUCUUUAAAAAAAACAUUAAACAUCUUGCUGUUCGAAACCUUUUGACUGGUAGUGUAUAUUUAAAAUGAUUUGGUUUUCUUUAACUUUUUUUUAUUUUGGCUCAGUUGUGAGGAGUGAGGUAUUUAUGAACAAAUACAAUGAAUGAGUGAAAAUGCACUAGAAAACAAUGUAUAUUUGAUAUUCAGUGACAUUAAAACAACUGUUUUGUAGCUUGUUCUUGUGUUUAUUCUAUGGUGAAUGUUUUAUCAUAUACCGAUGAUUUUAAUUUUCACGAUCUGGCUAAUUUGGUUUUUCAAACGCACCUAUUGUUGAUGAUUAUGGCUGGAUUAAGUUAUCUGAGAUAAUUGCACAUUCAUGGUCUGGUUUAAAAGGGGCUAUGUAUCUUUACACAAAACCACGAUCAUGUAAUUAAAAAAGCCACCUGAUGAAAAACUUGACAAAUUUCUGGACUUUUAUAAGGAAACAGCUAAGCAAACAAAAUUAGAUGUUAUAAUAGAUAAAUGAAAUGUGCACUGUUUUUGAUCCAUUUUAUUUAUUUUGUACAUGAUUCCCAAUUAUUUCUAUUCACGAUUUCUAAUAUUUGUACAGACUUGCUAUCUGCAUGGCAUGUGCUCCAUAAAGCCACUCCCAUAAUACCUGUCACCAUUCAAAAUAAUGCACAGCUCUACAUUACCUAGCAUGUAUGUAAGACUCCAAUAUAAUUCUAAAGUAUAGGAAUAUAUAAAGGUAAGGAAUAAAUCUUUAAGUGAGUAAACCUGGCUGUUAAUUAUGGACUACACAACAUUAUUAAAUUAUUAGUUUCAAAUUAGUUUUUUAAUUAUUAUAAUUUAAUAAUUGUCAUUGGAUCAGUAGGGUACUCUUGUAAUAUAGUAGCAGUGGUUGGGACAGAUUUUAAAUAUCAAUUGUGCUUAAAAAGAUGCAAUCUAAUCCUGUUUACGUUAAAUAAACUGCUCCCAGCAGGUUUAAGAUUACGGACUAUGGAGAUAAUAUAAUGCCAUAAAGAUUUGCAUAUGAAGAGUAGGCGUUGUGCAAGUGUACAUAAUAAGACUGUAAGCGUAAAUUAAAUUUGCAUGCGCAAGAGAAGCUUUGUAAAAGUGUAAAUCGCCUUUCAAGUGUAAGAAAAAAUGAUUUGCAGCAUUUAUAUUAUCCAUGUAUAAUGAAUACGAGCUGCAUUCUUCUGACUUCCGUUUCUCCAUAACACUUUUUUCAAGUUAUUUUUAUGAACAGAAAAUGUUUUUAUUUGGCAGACACUGCCUGUGAUUGCUGAAUGGGUUCUGAAGUUAAUGAUUAUUAAUAUAAAAUGUAUUUAACUGGAAACACACUAGAUCUCUGACAAGUACAAUGUAACUGUGAAGAAAAUAUGAGAUGUAUUUAUUUGAAACCAAACACCUGGCACUUUUUUUCCAAGUUAUUUUAUAUGAAAAAAAAAUGAAGUUAAAAUUUAUUAAUAAAAUGUAUCUGACGCCAGAUCCACCAGAUCGCUAACAAGUAUGAUGGAACUGUACAGAA